AUGGCGUCACCAGAGAAGCGACGACAGGCGGCUAGUUACCAGAGAAGCGCGACAGGCGGCUGGUUACCAGAGAAACGCGACAGACAGCUAGUUACCAGAGAGACGACAGGCGAGAAACGCGACAGGCGGCGUUACCAGAAACGCGACAGGCGGCUGGUUACCAGAAAAGGCGACGAGCGGCUGUUACCAGAGAAAGCGCGGCAAGCGGCGUCACCAGAAGGCGACAGCGACGGCGGCGUCAACCAGAAGAGGCGACAGGCGGCGUUACCAGAAAACGCGACAAAGGCAGCGUUACAGAAACGCGACAGGCGGCGUUACCAGAAAACGCGACUGAAGCGGCGGCGUUACCAGAAAAGACCGACGACGGCAGCGUUACCAGAAAACGCGACAGGCGGUCAGUUACCAGAAAGGCGCGACAGGCGAAACCGCGACAGCGACAGCGGCGUUACCAGAAAACGCGACAGGCGGCGUUACCAGAAACGCGACAGGCGGUUGGUUACCAGAGAAGACGCGACAGGCGAGCGUUACCAGAGGCGACAGGCGGCGUUACCAGAGAAACGCGACGAACAGCGGCGUUACCAGAGACACGACAGAAGGCGACAGGCGGCGUCACCAGAAACGCGACAGGAGGCGGCGUCACCAGAAAAGGCGACAGGCAGCGUCACCAGAAAACGCGACAGGCAGCGGCGUCACCAGAAACGCGACAGGCGGGCGUUACCAGAGAAGCGCGACAGGCGGCGUUACCAGAACGCGACGAAGCGGCGUUACCAGAGUCGCGACAGAAGCGGCGUUACCGAAACGCGACAGGCGGUCAGUUACCAGAGAAGAGCGACAGGCGGUCAGUUACCAGAGAGAGCGCGACAGAAGGUCAGUUACCAGAGAAACAGCGACAGAAGGUUGAAGUUACCAGAGAGACGCGACAGACGGCGUUACCAGAAAGAUAGCGACAGAAGGCGUUACCAGAGAGCGCGACAGGCGGCGUUACCAGAGAGGCGACAGAGCUCAGUUACCAGAAACGCGACGAAGCGGCGGCGUUACCAGAAGAAAGCGCGACAGGCGGCUAGUUACCAGAAGGCGACAGGCGAGACGCGACAGCGGCAGCGUUACCAGAGAGGCGACAAGCGGCUGAGUUACCAGAAGGCGACGAAGGCGGCGUUACCAGAGACGCGACAGGUUGGUUACCAGAGAAGGCAGGACAGGCAGCGUUACAGAAAGCGCGACAGGCGGCUAAUUACCAGAGAACGCGACAGACGGUUGAAUUUACCAGAGAAGCGACAGAAGGCGUUACCAGAAGAACGCGACAAGCGGCGUUACCAGAGACGCGACAGAAGGCUGCGUCACCAGAAGAACGCGACAGGCGGUCGUUACCAGAGAAACGCGACAGAGGCAGCGUUACCAGAAACGCGACGAGCGGCGGCGUUACCAGAGCGACAGGCGGCGUUACCAGAAACGCGACAGGCGGUCAGUUACCAGAGAAGCAGCGACAGGCGGUCAGUUACCAGAAGCGAAGCGACAGAAAGGUCAGUUACCAGAGAGGCGACAGAAGUGGUGCCAGAGGCAUACAGGCGGCGUUACCAGAGAAACGCGACGAGCGGCUGUUACCAGAAAACGCGACAGGCGGCGCGUUGCCAGAAAGGCGACAGGCGGCUGAAUUUGCAGAAGGCGUUAGCGGCGUUACCAGAGAAGCGACAGGCGGCGUUACCAGAAGGCCGCGACAGCGGUUACGUUACCAGAGACAGCGACAGAAGAGCGUUACCAGAGAGCCGCGACAAGCGGCUGUUACCAGAGAGACGCGACAGAAGCUGGAGAAAUACCAGAGAGCGCGACAGACUGGACGUUACCAGAGAGACGCGACAGAAGGUUAGUUCACCAGAAGACGCGACGAACUGCGACGUCACCAAGAACGCGACAGGGCGAUUACCAGAGAACCGCGACAGAAGGGCGUUACCAGAGAAAGCAGCGACAGAAGCGCGACAGGCGGCUAGUUACCAGAAAGAGGCGCGACAGGCUGUUACCAGAGGCGGCUGGCAGCGUCACCAGAGAGACGCGACAGACGGCGGCGUUACCAGCGACAGGCAGUUGCGUUACCAGACGCGACAGAAGGCUGGUUACCAGAAGGCGUGCGACAGCGGCGGCGUUACCAGAAAACGCGACAGAGCGCUAGCGUUACCAGAAGAGACGACAGGCGGCGUUACCAGAACGCGACAGACGAAUAGCGACAGCGUCACCAGAGAACGCGACAGGCGGUUGGUACAGACGCGAGGCGGCGUCACCAGAGAAACGCGACGAGCGGCGUCACCAGAGAAGGCGACAGGCGGCUGGUACCAGAAGCGCGACGGAAGCUGGCUGGUUACCAGAAGAAGCGACAGGCGGCGUUACAGAAGAGCGACGAGGCGGCUGACUGGCGUACAGAGAAGGCGUGACGAGCGGCGUUACCGAAAGGCGGCGUUACCAGAAAGCGACGAGCGGCGUUACCAGAAAACGCGACAGACGGCGUCACCAGAAACGCGACAGCGGCUGAGUCACCAGAAAACGCGACAAGGUCGGCGUCACCAGAAAACGCGAGACUGCGGCGUCACCAGAAGACAGCGACAGAAGGCGUUACCAGAGAAACGCGACAGGCGGCGUUACCAGAAACGCGACAGAAGCGUUACCAGAAAGCGACAGGCAGCGGCGUUACCAGAAACGCGACGGCGGUUAGUUACCAGAAACGCGACAGGAAGGUCAGUUACCAGAAGGCGCGACAGAAGGGUCAGUUACCAGAGAGCGCGACAGAAGGCGUUACCAGAACGCGACAGCGGCCGGCGUUACCAGAGAAGGCGCGACUGGCUGCGUCACCAGACGCGACAGGCGGGCGUUACCAGAAGGCGCGACAGAGCUGGUUACCGACGACCGAGGGCGUUACCAGAAAACGCGACAGACAGCGCGUUACCAGAGAGACACGACAGGCGUUACAAAGCGACGAAGGCUAGUUACCAGAGAGGCGCGACAGAGCGGCUGUUACCAGAGAGGCGCGACAGAAAGAGGCAGCGACAGAAGGUUAGUUACCAGAGAACGCGACAGGCGGCUCAGUUACCAGAGAGGCGACAGAAGGCUAGUUACCAGAGAGGCGACAGAAGGUCAGUUACCAGAGAGGCGACAGAAGGUCAGUUACCAGAAGGCGCGACAGGCGGUUGGUUACCAGAGAGGCAGGACAGGCGGUUACGUUACCAGAAAAGCCGCGACAGGCGGUUGAAUUUACCAGAGAAGACGCGCGACAGGCGCUGUUACCAGAGAGACGCGACAGGCGGCUGGUACCAGAAGACGCGACAGAAGCGACAGGCAGCGUACCAGAAACGCGACAGGCGGCGGCGUCACCAGAGAAAGGCGACAAAUCUGCGGCGUUACCAGAAACUAGCGACAGGCAGCGGCGUUACCAGAAAACGCGACAGAAGCGUUACCAAAACGCGACAGCGGCGCGUUACCAGAAAGGCGACAAAAAGCGUUACGUUACCAGAACUGGCGACAGAAGCGGUCAGUUACCAGAGAGAGCGCGACAGGCGGUCAGUUACCAGAGAAAUGGCGACAGAAGGUCAGUUACCAGAGAACAGGCGACCAAGAAGGUUCAAAUGUUACCAGAAUGAGCGACAGAAGGUUGAGUUACCAGAGAAGGCGACAGAACAGGCGGUUAGUUACCAGAGAGGCAGCGACGGCGAGUGGCGUUACCAGAGAAAGCGCGACAGGCGGCUGAAUUACCAGAGAGAGCGCGACAGAAGGCUGUUACCAGAGACGCGACAGGCGGCUGGUUACCAGAAGCAGCGACAGAGGCGGCUGGUCACCGAAGAAGAUUAUCGACAGGCGGCUAGUUACCAGAAGCGUGACAGGCGGCUGAGUUACCAGAGAAGGCGCGACAGUUGA